CUUAAUGGAGCUGUGCAUUUCCAUUGCCUUCUCUAGAUUCCGCCUCAGGCGGCUGUGGGAGGUGAGGAACAGGGGGACAGCAGGUAUAAGAGGCGGGUGUGGCCACAGCAAGGCAGAUGGAAGCAUGGAUGCCAGGCAGGCAGCAGCGCUGCUGCUGGUGUUGCUGUUAGUGACAGACUGGAGCCACGCUGAAGGACCAGGGGGCCGGGAUGGAGGAGAUCAGAUCUUCAUGGAGGAAGACAGUGGCGCCCACCCACCACAGGAUGCCCAGACCCCCAGGUCACUCCUGCGCUCCCUGCUCCAGGCCAUGCAGAGAACUGGCCGGAGUCCAGCCUUCCUGUUUCAGCCCCAGAGGUUUGGCAGAAACACCCGGGGCUCCUGGAGCAACAAAAGACUGACUCCUCGAGCUGGAGAGGGGCCGAGUUCCCCCUUUUGGAGCCUGGCUGCCCCUCAGCGCUUUGGGAAGAAGUGACGUGUCAUCCUCUGAGGUGUGCAUGCGAGGCCCACACCCCAAAGUGCCAUGUGUCCCCCGCAAAUAAAGCUGUCUGGCUUCUGAAUCCGUGUGCACAUGUCUGCAUCUGC